AUGUCCGCCCCCGAGUCCGUUGUCCCCACCACUAUCGCCAGUGACAUCCCCAAGCCUGUCAUCCCCGCCGAGGAGAUCAGCCAGCCCCCAUCCAAGGCCCUCGACUCCAUCGCCGAGUCCAGUCUGCUUGACAAGGCUCGUGAUGCCGCCAAGCCCUACCUCGAAAAGGCGGAGCCGUAUGUGAACAAGGUCUCGGAGACCGCAAAGCCUUAUGCCGACAAGGCGCAGGCCAGGUUUGAAAAAAUUCUCGACAAGAUUGAAGGUAACGAUCCAUCAACGACUUCUACACCCACUUCUGCCGGUACCUUGGACAAGUCUAUUGACAAUGCCGCUGCUACCACUACCGGAGCUGCUGAAAGUACUACUGCUGUUGCCGCCGACACUGGGGACAAGGCCAAGCAGUACCUUGCCCAGGGACUGAGCGCUGUCCAGAGCACUUUUACUCAGCUCACCAACACCAUUGAGGAGAAGACGACCACCGAGUCUCAUCCCGGUUUCAUCACCCAGGUGACCAACGCCGUCAACAAGGGUAUCGACCGUGUUGAGGGCUACCUGAAUGAACCCACCGACGCUUCUCUGGCUUCCCAGCAUGCUGCUCCUACAUCAGGAUCUGCUGCUGUGGCUGUCGCUGCCGGCGUCCCUGCUACUGGCGCCACACCUGCCAUCCCAGUUGCUGCUAUCCCAGUCGUUGCCUCGGACCCCGUUGCCUCAGAACCGGUUGUCUCUACCACUACCAACACUGUUCCCCAUACUUCGACCGCCUAG